GGGCUGACGCGGGCGGAGCGGGGCGGGCGGGCGGCGAGAGAGUCGCGGCUGCCGCCACCUUCCGCACACCAGCAGCAGCAGCGGCAGCAGCGCGGGGCUCUGCGGAGCGGCGGGAGCGCCAAUGCCCGGACCGACCCAAGCCCUGUCCCCAAAUGGCGAGAACAACAACGACAUCAUUCAGGAUAACGGGACCAUCAUCCCCUUCAGGAAGCACACGGUGCGGGGGGAGCGCUCCUACAGUUGGGGAAUGGCGGUCAACGUGUACUCUACCUCUAUAACCCAAGAGACUAUGAGCAGACAUGACAUCAUCGCAUGGGUUAAUGAUAUAUUAGCUUUAAACUACACAAAAGUUGAACAACUCUGUUCAGGAGCAGCUUACUGCCAGUUCAUGGACAUGUUGUUCCCAGGGUGCAUUAGCUUGAAGAAAGUAAAGUUUCAAGCAAAGCUGGAGCAUGAGUACAUUCACAACUUCAAACUUCUGCAGGCAUCAUUUAAAAGAAUGAAUGUGGAUAAGGUAAUUCCCGUGGAAAAACUGGUCAAAGGGCGCUUCCAAGACAACUUAGAUUUCAUUCAGUGGUUUAAGAAGUUCUUUGAUGCUAACUAUGAUGGGAAGGAGUACGAUCCUGUGGAAGCUCGACAAGGCCAAGAUGCUCUUCCCCCACCAGAUCCUGGUGAACAGAUCUUCAACCUGCCCAAAAAGUCUCACCAUGCAAACUCUCCAACUGCAGGUGCUGCUAAGUCCAGUCCAGCUUCUAAACCAGGAUCAACACCUUCUCGCCCAUCUUCAGCAAAAAAAGCUGCACCCAGCAGCUCAGCAUCCAAAUCAGAUAAAGAUUUGGAAACUCAAGUCAUACAGCUCAGCGAACAGGUACAUUCGUUAAAACUUGCACUUGAAGGCGUGGAGAAGGAAAGGGAUUUCUACUUUGGCAAAUUAAGGGAGAUUGAACUUCUCUGCCAGGAACACGGGGGAGAGAAUAAUGAUCUUGUCAAUCGGCUAAUGGAAGUCCUUUAUGCUUCAGAAGAACAUGAGAGCCACACAGAUGAUCAUGAAGGUGAAGAGCAAGUCCAUGAACAGCCCCAGCAGCAGGAUGAGUACUGACUCAUGCAGCAUCUCUGACAAUUUUCGUUUUGUGUUAGAACUUUCUUCUGGAGAAUGGAACAUGUGCGGCCUCAAACUUGAAAUCAGUUCACUCCCAGUCUGCCAUUAACAUUUAUGUACCAUAGUGAGUGCCAGCCAACCACUGCAUUCUGUACCAAUACUUUGCCAAGAUGCAUUUGCAGACGUCCUCUUUCAGUGUAUCUUCCCAAGAGGUUGUAGGGCUACAUCACCUACUGUACAUCACUGCAACUUCACCACUUGGCUGCUUGAGAUUUGUUCUGCUCUUUAAAAAUAUAUAUAUUUAUUUUUUUUCUUUUUUGUCUUAAGUAUGAUACACUUGUAACUUGUUCUAACAUAUUUAUAUUGGCAUUUUGUGUGGCAAGAAGUUCCGUACCACUAGCUGUGUUUCUCACUUUGUGGUGCUUUCGCGUUUUCUAGUACAUCUGCCUUGGGGCAUAAAUUUGGUCAAACAAUUGGAAUAAAGGGAUACAGUGGAUGUCAUACUCAAGCCAUAACGAUGAGGUGUGUUGUGGAAGAAAAUGCUCAUGUUGCUCAUGUUUAUUCCUUUCCUGCCUUCACAGGCAGAGCAUCUGUUUCAAUGGGAGAUUUAAACCCCUAUGUUAGAAAGCUGCGUGGUAUGUUUUUUGGCUUAUUUCUGGAGAAACAGAUAUCCACUUAAGUUUUUUGAAAACUCUCCCAGUUUCGUGACUAGUAAACAGACAUUUCCCAGCUUUUCUUCCUUCCUGAGGAAUCCAGUCCCAGCUCCAACUGCAGCUCUGCCUCCGCAGAGCUCAGUGCUGAUGGAGGAGAGAAAUCUCCUUGACACAAGUAUAGCUGCAGGACAUGAUUUCUGCCAUCAUCCUUGGCUUCCCACCCCUCAGAAAAGGACAAAGUAGGCCAGCCAUUUCUUUUUGCUUUCUUUCUCCCCUCCACUGCCCCAUCCAUAAAAGUAUGGAAGACAGAAAUUUUCUCACUAGUGCAAGGUAUGGGGAAAAACCAGCAACAGCACUAGCCAUGAACCCCUCCCCAAACCCUAUGUAAGUGAGUCGUGGACACCUCACGGGUUUGAGGCUGCUUCCAAAGCAUGGAGAGGCAGUGAGGAGUCCUGGAGACAGGGCACACGUAAGAGGGGGACCAUCUAACAUAAGGGGACAGAGCAGCUUCUGCUCUGGGCUGACCUUCCUUCAUCAAGGCCCUGGAGAUGUCUGCAGUGAGAGUGUUCCCUUCCAGUGCGGUCCCAUGACCCUGUUCUAAAUGAUGGUAUUUUAUAAACAGUGGUAUCUUGGAGUAUAUAAAGCAUUCCUCGUUCUUCUCAUAAAACUGCGUCUCUCUGAUUAUUUAAUGCUUGGUAUUCUUGGUUUCUCACUUGAUCUUCUGAACUGGAGAUUGCUAUGCUGAUUUAGCAGGUACGUGGAAAUCCCAUCCCAAUUGGCAUUCACUGAAAAACUCCAAAGCUUGUUGAACAGCUAAAUCAUUUUAGAUGUUCAUAGGCUCCUAAAGUGUACGUUCCCAGCUUAUGGUUCCAUGGAAAGGUUUUCAAUUAAUCAACCCUCGGGCACACACAAGCACGACACAUGCAGUUUUCCAUUCCUAAUCAAUCUUUUGCAGCUAAGUGGCUCUUAGUUAAAUGUGAGAACCCUGCUGUUGUGUUGCACCACCGAAAAUAUAUAAAAUACUGUUAAGCACUAGAACAGGUAUUUCCAGUUCCUUAAUCCUCCCCCUGCACAACAGAAGAGUUUCUGGACCCUGCAGGCUGAAGUUUUGCCAGCCCUGCAAUCCAGUACUGACUUCACAUCCUACUUAGUGAUGAAGUCAAAGUACUUGCAACCUGCAGGCCAGCACUUUCCUCUCCCAUUUCAAUUGGUUGAAAAUAAGGUCUGGUUUAAUUAUUUAAAAAAUGUGUAUAUUCCAAAAUAAGUAUUUCCAAGAAUCACCACAAUGGGGGAAUUGUCAUUUUUGUUGUAUUUGUGUUUAUUAGAACAUAUGUACUUAUUACAAUUGUCAUUGUAAUAAAUGGUAGUUCUUCAUAA